GAAUAUGAACCGCUGGAUCCAUCCAAGAGCGAGAUCCGGGUUCUGGCUCUGACGACCACCUCUAAUAAAGCGGAUCCUAUCAGGUGCAGUCUCAUCCGCGUCAGCCUCGACAGCGAUAAAACCAGCCUGGCGAGAGACCGCUCCCAGGCUUCCACGGCGCUGCAGAGUUUCACUGCGCUCUCAUACACCUGGGGAGAGCCCAAGUUCGAUGGACGUAUCAUCCUCGAUGGCAGCGUACUCGGUAUCACCAAGAAUCUCGAGGCCGCGCUCCAGCAGCUGCGCAUAUCCAACAAGCCAGCGAUGCCACCGCACAUGGUCGCCCUGCAAGCACGCAACCCGCACAUUGCCAAGGCAUUCCAGCCUCCUGUGACUUAUUGGUGGAUCGACGCUGUUUGCAUCAACCAGGCUGAUGUGGAUGAGCGGAACUCCCAAGUAUCGCUAAUGCGGAGGAUUUACAAGCGAGCGAGCAAUGUGCGAAUCUGGCUGGGCGAGGAGGCUGACGACAGCAACAUGGCCAUCGACGUGAUCAACCAGAUUUCGAAGCCUCCAACCCGCGGUCCCGGCGAGGCUCCCACAACAUAUCCUACCGCUGACGAGCAGACCAAGCUGCGCACUUGGAAGGCUCUGCGGGCCCUCUUCCAGCGUCCUUGGUGGGAACGAGCGUGGAUCCGUCAGGAGGUC